AUGGCCCCCUUAAACAGCAACCCAAAACCACAUGGCAGAGCAAGUAUGGCUGACGAUAAAACAUUAACAGAUAGCGGAAGGCAUGGUUCUUCGAGAGAUCACGGUUCCUCCCGCGAUGAUCGACGAGGAGACAGAGGUGAUCGCGAACGACGUCGCUCGCGAUCCCCAGGCCACCGAGGAGCACGCCCUUCACGCCGAGACGGAGACGUAGACUCUUAUUCUACGAGCCGCGACUACCGAGAGAGGGAACGUGAGGAGAGAUACUCUGGUAGAGAUGCAGGUCGGGAGCGCCGGGGUGGAGGUGAUAGAGAAUGGGACCGAGAUAGAGGUAACGCGCGCCGCGAGUCGCGAAGAGACGACGAGAGACCUCCAAGAAGAGACAGGGAUCUGUUUGACGACAGAAGAAACGGAGCCGGCGGUGGUGGUAGGCGUGGAGGACGGGGUGAUCGCGAUGGAGGGCGUGAUGGAGGGCGCGAUGGAGGCUUUGGGCGAGAAAUGCAAUCCCAACGAGAAAAAAGCGCAACCCCUCCACCCAAAAAGAAGGAACCUACGCCCGAUUUGACAGACGUCGUGUCUGUUCUCGAGAGACGGAGAAGAUUGACCCAGUGGGAUAUCAAACCCCAAGGCUAUGAGAAUGUUACAGCUGAACAAGCUAAGCUAUCUGGCAUGUUUCCACUUCCCGGAGCUCCUCGACAGCAGCCUAUGGAUCCAAGCAAACUCCAAGCUAUCAUGGCGCAACCAAGCGGAUCCGUAACCAAUGCAGCCUUGAAGCCAUCGAACUCCCGUCAAGCUAAACGCCUUCUGGUACACAACCUUCCUUCGACAUCCAUUAGCGAAGAAGCCAUCAUCAAUUUCUUCAACCUUCAAAUGAACGGACUCAAUAUUGUUGAGGGCUCGGAUCCAUGCAUUAGUGCUCAGAUUUCAAAGGACAAGUCCUUUGCUUUGCUGGAAUUCAAGACACCUUCCGAUGCUACAUUAGCUUUGGCUUUUGAUGGGAUUACAAUGGACGAUAGCGAAUAUGUCAAUAGAGAGGCAAAUGGUGGUGACACUAAAGGUCUUUCUAUCCGCCGCCCUAAAGAUUAUAUUGUCCCUGCAGUUUCGGAUGAGACGCCACAAGAGCCUGGAGUAGUGUCAAGUGUGGUCGUUGACACUCAGAAUAAAAUCUGCAUGUCGAAUGUUCCUCUUUAUCUUACCGAUGAACAGGUUAUUGAACUUUUGACAUCCUUUGGCGAACUGAAAGCCUUUGUUUUGGUCAAAGACAACAGCACUGGGGAGUCCAGGGGUAUUGCAUUUUGUGAGUAUGCUGACCCCGCAGCGGCAACUGAUAUUGCGGUUGAGGGAUUGAAUGGUAUGGAGUUAGGAGAUAAACACCUUAGGGUCCAGAGGGCGAGUAUUGGUAAUACACAGGUAUCUGGUCUUGAGAUGGGCGUCAACGCAAUGUCCAUGCUGGCUGGCACUACUUCUGCAGGUCUAGAGGAUGGCCGCGUCCUACAACUACUCAAUAUGGUCACACCGGAAGAGCUUGUUGAUAACGAUGAUUACGAAGAAAUCUGCGAAGACGUCAAGGAAGAAUGCGAGAAAUAUGGCAAAGUUCUUGACAUGAAGGUUCCUCGACCCACAGGUGGCAGCAGACAAUCUAAUGGGGUUGGCAAAAUCUUCGUCAAGUUUGACACUCCAGAGUCGGCGGGCAAAGCACUUCGAGCCCUUGCUGGUCGUAAAUUCGCGGAUCGUACAGUUGUUACCACCUAUUUCUCCGAAGAAAACUUCGAGGUGGCCGCAUGGUAA